GACGAAAACCCCGUCGCCAGCUUACGUUCCCCAUCGCGAACCACGCCGAGACCUCUCCUAUUGAUAAUCGCCGAUUGACUUCAGUUUGUACAGUCCUACCAGUGACAAGACGUUAGAGUGUGAUCCUGCCACAAUCAAGUAAACAUACGGUCUCUUUUGGGCCUUGCCUAUCGCUGGCAGGCGCGGCGUUUCCUUGCGUCGACUCUGUCCAACAAACGGUCAUAAUACCACGGAUCCGAGGUGCUCUUCAUCUGUACCACCCAGAAGAAAAAAUCACACUAAUCCAAUAUUGCACAAACUAGAAACCAUUACGCUGCAAGGUUUCCUACGCAAGGAAAGAUGAGUUCGACAGGGUUUGAUGCUAGCGCCGAGGAGCGAUGUAUGCCUUCGAGGUGGGGAUUCAAUUUAAAGGGUGAUAGCAGAAUCCAAAGAUAUCUGCAUUUGUGCGAUGUUCAGUGUAAGCAGGCCAACCGUUCAUACUCAGUGGAGUACGUCUCCUACAGCGAAGACGAAAGGCAGGGGUUGAAUAUAAUGCGGGGCAUACAACCCCAUGAAGACCGAAAUGCAAUACUUGUGUUUGUUCACGGAGGGUAUUGGAUCGAAGGCGACCGGCACAUGUAUAAUUUCAUCGCUAACGGACUGCAUAGCCAUGGAAUAAGCGUGGUUUCACUGGGUUACCGACUGGCCGGUAAAGCAGAGGACCUUGCGUGCUGCAUCGAUGACGUGGUAGCUGGUAUCCAAAAAGUACAAAAGACCUUUCCCACAAGUCGGAUAUAUCUUGCUGGACAUAGCGCAGGAGCCCACUUAAUACUCAAUGCUUUGAGGAAGCUUACGACACUAGAAGGAAUCUGUAUUGUAUUCUGUGUAUCGGGUAUAUAUUCAUUACAGAAUAUUGUUAACACCUCAGUUGGGAUUAAGCUUCAGCUUGAUGAAGAUCAGGCUCGGAGGUUUUCUGUGCCGCCGCUUGACAGCUGUUAUACCAAGGCAAAUAUUCACAUUAUUGUGGGGCAAUUCGAUGCGCCAGAAUUCCACAAGCAGGCGCAGGAUCUUGCCAGCUCCCUCCAGGUUAGAAGAUGCCUGCCUAUACCUGUUCAAAUAUUACCUAAUGAAGACCAUUUUAGUUUAAUUGAAAAUCUUUACUUCGGAGACUCCGCACUUGCACAAUAUAUUGCGCAAUGCGACUCACAAUGGCGAGCUGCUACUUAGCCUAUACGUUUCCAGGGGGUUGGUAGAUGUGCGGCUUGUUUUCAUAAGAUCAUUCUCGCAAAAAAUUAAGGAACCCCGAAGUUGGGUGCUCUAAAAGAGACCUUUCGUUUUAGAUUACAUACUAUCCUAUAAAAAAUCCCAAAUAAUACGAGGUCUACGAAUUUAUGACAUGGUAUAUCUUAUACAUAUCUGUAACAUGUAUAGUAUUCAUGAAUGAUAAAUAAAACUAGAGAAAAAGGUUUCAAAUGAUGCGUUUUCAUAAAAUAA